AUGGCUCUCUCUCUUCAAUCAUCGGAAGCAUCCAAAUCGCAAAUGAUGAUGGCAAUCCAUGCACAACUUAAUUUUCCGUAUGGUGUUUUUGUUUCAUCCAAUGAUGAAGUUUAUAUUGCAGAUACCUGGAAUCAUAGAAUUAGAAAAGUUAUGAAAAAUGGAAUGAUCACAACCAUUGCAGGAAAUGGAACUCGAGGAUAUAAUGGAGACAAUCAAUUGGCAACAAAUGCUCAACUCUAUCGUCCACACAGUGUUUUUGUUUCAUCUAAUAAUGAAGUUUAUAUUGCAGAUACCUGGAAUCAUAGAAUUAGAAAAGUUAUGAAAAAUGGAAUGAUCACAACCAUUGCAGGAAAUGGAACUGAAGGAUACAAUGGAGACAAUCGAUUGGCAACAAAUGCACAACUCAAUUAUCCAUCCUGUGUUUUUGUUUCAUCCAAUGAUGAAGUUUAUAUUGCAGAUAGAGGUAAUCAUAGAAUUAGAAAAAUAAUGAAGAAUGGAAUGAUCACAACCAUUGCAGGAAAUGGAACUCGAGGAUAUAAUGGAGACAAUCAAUUGGCAACAAAUGCUCAGCUUAAAGGUCCAAACAGUGUUUUUGUUUCAUCUAAUAAUGAAGUUUAUAUUGCAGAUAGCUGUAAUGAUAGAAUUAGAAAAAUAAUGAAGAAUGGAAUGAUCACAACCAUUGCAGGAAAUGGAACUGGAGGAUACAAUGGAGACAAUCGAUUGGCAACAAAUGCACAACUCUUUUAUCCAGAGAGUGUUUUUGUUUCAUCCAAUGAUGAAGUUUAUAUUGCAGAUACCUGGAAUCAUAGGAUUAGAAAAAUAAUGAAAAAUGGAAUGAUCACAACCAUUGCAGGAAAUGGAACUCGAGGAUAUAAUGGAGACAAUCAAUUGGCAACAAAUGCUCAACUCUAUCGUCCACACAGUGUUUUUGUUUCAUCUAAUAAUGAAGUUUAUAUUGCAGAUAGCUGUAAUGAUAGAAUUAGAAAAAUAUUACCCGCUAAUCAUAGGAUUAGAAAAAUUAUGAAAAAUGGAAUGAUCACAACCAUUGCAGGAAAUGGAAUUGAAGGAUACAAUGGAGAUAGCCCCUAUCAACCAUCCCUUUCACAUUUCUCUCCUUUCAUUUCACGCAUUUCGAAACAUGAAAGAGACAUGAUUCCCAACACCAAACUCAUUGUUUUUCAACCACUUUUUGAAAAACUUUGUCCUCAUUUUCAUUCCACCAUUUUGAAAGAUUUUAAUUUACUUUCUGACAUGUCUUGUCGUGAACUUGAAUUGAUUCAAAAUGUCAUUGAUUUUGUUUUAUAUGAUCCAGAUACGAUUGUGGAACCUAUAAUGAUUUCUGAAAUUAUUGAAUACUUGUACAUUUUGGGUCUUGCUCACGGUGAAUUCAUGGAAUUGAAAAACUAUUUAAUUUCGAUAUUAUUGGAGAAACACAUGAAAUCUGAUCAUGUCAUUGAUACAUUGUUGAUGAUUGAACAACACUUGACAAAACAACCCUCUCAUUCCAUCAUGACUAAGUUGAAGAAUUAUUGUUUGGAAUUUGUUCAAAUCAAAUUAAGAGAAGGAUUGAAUAUUAUGACAGACCCAAGAUUCAUUCCUUACAAUGUUGAAAUUCUUGAAAAAAGUUCAAUUACAAAGAUAUCUCCCAUCGUUCUUGAAGAGUCGAUUGAAAAUACAAUAUCACCAAACGAAAUGAUCAAGUCAUUGUGGAAUGACAAACGUACGAGUGACAUUCGAAUCAAACUCUCACACAAGAACGACCAUUCAUUUAUUUAUGGUCAUCGAACCAUAUUGAGUUCUCGUGGAAAACUUUUUGAAGCCAUGUUCAACAGUGGAUAUGAAUUGGAAGAUCUGAAAUAUGAUGAAAAAGAUGAAAUUUUGACACUCAUUCCUUCCACACCUGAAGAUGCAAUGAAUUUGGAAUAUAUUGUCAAAUAUUGUUAUGAUCAAUUGGAGCAGAUUGAACCAGAACAUGCCAUUUCACUCAUCUUGACAGCUUCAGCAAAUGAAAUGUCAGAAUUAGUUUCUCUUGCAUUCAAAUCCAUUCAAAUUGAUUGCAAUAAUUAUUUUGAAAUUGCCAAUUCAUUGGAUUUUGAAAAUGAUUUAUUUUCAGAAGUGAUUCAAAUCAUGAUUGAUUUUGGAGUGAAUCACAGAAAUGAAUUAUUCAAAGAAAAUUCUGAUCUUGAUCAAUUACCUGCUUCCCUUUCACACAAAUUGUUGAGAGAGUUUGAAAAUUUGUAA